AUGUUUAAAAGUUCCUUAAGGAAGUGCUGUCGUAGCUUUAGGUUCCAUAGGUCCUAUUCCAGUUACGACAGACCUAGCUUUCAGUUGACUGGUAAGAACAAGAAGAGUUUAGAAACUGGAUUGAAAUAUGUCCUUGCUGGUGGUAUUGGUUAUGCAAUUGCAGAUACUUUUGAGCAUAACCGUAGGGACAGAGGUUUAGGCAAGUCAGUUUUACCACUAGAUGACUUGGAUUCCCCACAGUACUGUGAACCGGGGAAAUUACCAGGGGUCAUCAACCAGAUUAAGGCUGUUGUUGGUAACGAUCCAGACAACUUCACCCAAUCUAAAACUGAAUUAGAUUCUCAUUCUGAUACCUCUUUCAAUACCCACCAUGCUACGCCAGAAGAAAGACCCGCCAUUGUCAUCUUCCCAAAGUCUACUGAGGAAGUUUCGCAAAUCGUUUCCAUUUGUCAUGACAAUAAGGUCCCUGUGGUUCCCUUCAGUGGUGGUACGUCUUUAGAAGGCCAUUUCCUACCAACUAGAAGAUCGGAUACCGUUGUAUUGGACUUUUCCAAAUAUAUGAAUAAAGUCUUGAAAUUGAAUAAAACGGACCUAGAUGUCGAAGUAGAAGCUGGUGUUCCCUGGGAAGAUUUAAAUGACAUGCUAGGUGAAGAAGGUCUUUUAUUUGGAUGUGAUCCCGGUCCUGGUGCACAAAUUGGUGGUUGUGUUGCCAACUCAUGUUCAGGAACCAAUGCCUACCGCUACGGUACUAUGAAAGAGAAUGUUGUGAACUUGACUGUAGUUUUACCGGAUGGGACGGUAGUCAAAACUAGGAGAAGACCAAGAAAAUCCUCUGCUGGAUACAAUUUGAAUGGGUUAUUUACUGGUAAUGAAGGUACUUUAGGUAUUGUGACAAAGGCAACUGUUAAAUGCCAUGUCAAACCUAAAUUCCAAACUGUUGCGGUAGUGUCUUUCGACGCUGUAGAGAAUGCAGCUGCAUGCUCUUCUAGUUUCACCCAACAAGGAAUUCAACUGGAUGCAAUUGAACUAUUAGAUGAUAACAUGAUGAAGGUGAUUAAUAGUCAAGCUGCGACUUUUAGAACCGAUUGGAAAGAACAACCAACACUUUUCCUAAAGAUUGGUGGCAGAAACGAGAGAAUCAUCCAAGAAUUAGUACAUGAAGUGGAAAAUAUUGCCAAAACCUACGGCUCCACAGGAUUUGAAUUCGCUAAAGAUGAUGAUGAGAAAAUGCUGUUAUGGGAAGCACGUAAAUUUGCCUUGUGGUCGGUGAUCGACGCUGGUAAAUCCAUUAAGGGACAAGGUUCUAACGUUUGGACAACCGAUGUUGCCCUACCAAUAUCGAAUUUUGCUAGGGUCAUAAUGGAGACAAAAGAGGAAAUGAAUAGCUCACCUUUAGUAAACGCAACCGUUGGCCAUGCUGGUGAUGGUAACUUCCAUGCAUUUCUGAUUUACAAGGAUGAUGAAGAACGCAAAAUUUGUGAAAAGAUAGUAGCCAAUAUGGUUAGAAGAGCCAUCGAUGCCGACGGUACUUGUACUGGUGAGCACGGUGUGGGUAUCGGUAAGAGACAAUAUGUACUAGAGGAGCUAGGACAGGAACCAGUUGACCUGAUGAGAAGGAUUAAAUUAGCUAUUGAUCCUCACAGGAUUAUGAAUCCAGACAAGAUCUUCAAGAUUGAUCCACACGACAAUAACGAUAAUCACCCUUAG